AAUGGUGAAAAGAUCUAAAUCAAUGGAGAGAACUAUUAAAGAAGGAAAUGAUUAUUUAUAAAGAAUGGAAUAAGUAGAUAGAACAAGACAAAGAAAUAAAAAUGGUUAAUAACGGUAAAGAGCAUAAAGGGUAGCACAAGUAUAAAAGAAAUAAAAGGAAUCCCCUAAAAAAAUUGUAUAAUAAAAGUAAGUUUAAGUAAAAAGAGAAAAAUAGUAAAAAUAAUAAACCAAAACAAAAAAGGAUCUUAAAGCAUAGUCAUAAAUAUAAAUAUCUAAACCUUCAAGAAAAAUUGAAAAGAAAAUUCCUAUUUAACCUUAAAAGGUUCAAAAAAAUGAUAUAGCUGAAUAAAACAUCUAAAAGUAAUCUUAGCCUGUAAAAAAGAACAAUACAUAAAUGGAAGUUGAGAAGAAAAGUGAAAAAAAUGUUUCCAAGAAAGUCGAAAUGAAAGCAGAAAAAAAAGAAUAAGAAAAAAAAAUAAUAUAGCCUCAAUAAUAGCAAUAAGCUAAGUAAGGACCUAGAAAAACUAAAUCAAACAUAUCAGUAGCUUCAGAUGCAAAUCAACCUUCAAUUGGAAUGGUUGACUGUGUUUUUGUUGUAGAUACUACAGGAUCGAUGGAUAUAUAUUUGGAAAGAACAACACAUACAGUUUAAAUGUUAGUUGAAAGAAUAAAUUAACAAUCAAAAAGUGAAUAAGUAAGCGUGAGAUUUGGGUUAGUGUGCUAUCGUGAUCAUCCUCCUUAAGAAGUAACUUAUGUUACAGAAUUGCAUGAUUUAUGUUCACAUAAAGAGAUAUUAAAAGCAAUUGAGUAAUCAGAUUGUUAUGGAGGAGGCGAUGGUGCUGAAGCAGCAUUAGAUGGACUAAAUGUGGCAGCAUAAUAAAUAAGUUGGAGAGAUAGCAGUAAGAUUCCAAGUCUUAGAUAUAUUUUUCAUAUUUGUGACUAACCACCACAUGGAAAAGAAUUUGGAGGGUUUAGUGAAUUAUGGGAUGAAACAGGAUGUCCAUGUGGAUUGAAACCUGACUAAAUAAUUCAUCGAAUCAAUAUGAGACAAAUUCAUUAUAGAUUAAUUAAGGCAGAUUCCAAAAGAUUAGAUAAAUUUGCUGAUUAUUUUAGAGGAAAGAUAGUAAAUUAUGAUGAAGUGACUUUAGAGGAUGGAAUAGCAGAGGGAAUGGAAAUAAAAAUCAGUGACAUGGUUAUUAGAGAGCUUUGUCCAGACAUUCUUCUUGAUUGA